CCCGUUUCCGGGGCAGCGCGGUUACCUGCACCGCCGGAGCCGCACCUGGCGGAGGCAGAAGUCGCAAACGGAGCGGGCGCAAAACGGCAGAGCGGAGAGGAGGGACUGCACCCGGCUGAGGGGAGGAAGAGGCAGCGGAGGGCGGCGCGGAGGGCGCAGCGCACCGCGCGGCGGAGGAAGGCAGGCGGCAGCUGCGCUCGGCUAGCUCUGCCCCGCCGGCCGGGCGCGCACCCGAGCCCGCACCGCGCCGCUGCGGGCGCACAUGGCAGCUUGAGAGGCCCGCGGCGGGAGGAGCGGGCGGCGCCGGGCCGGGGCCGGGGGGCAGCGGAGCUGCAUGGACUGCCACGCCGCGCUGGCCAGCCCUCACUAGGGCCCCCAAUCUGCGGGCGCCACCCCCACCCCCCUGAUUAUGGUGCCUCGGCUGCGGCCCGGACCGGGUAAAGCCGGCCGGAGCCGCUGAACCGGGAGUCCCGGCGGCGGUCCGGAGCUGCAUGGGGGAGUGCGGGCUGCACUUGGGAAGAUGCCCCGGCCGGAGCUGCCCCUGCCGCAGGGCUGGGAGCAGGCGCGCGACUUCGACGGCAAGGUCUACUACAUAGACCACACGAGCCGCACCACCAGCUGGAUCGACCCGCGGGACAGGUACACCAAACCGCUCACCUUCGCCGACUGCAUCAGUGACGAGCUGCCCCUAGGAUGGGAGGAGGCGUACGACCCACAGGUUGGAGAUUACUUCAUUGACCACAAUACCCAAACCACUCAGAUCGAGGACCCCCGGGUACAAUGGCGGCGGGAGCAGGAGCACAUGCUGAAGGACUACCUGGUGGUGGCCCAGGAGGCCCUGAGUGCGCAGAAGGAGAUCUACCAGGUGAAGCAGCAGCGCCUGGAGCUUGCCCAGCAGGAGUACCAGCAGCUGCAUGCCGUCUGGGAGCACAAGCUGGGCUCCCAGGUCAGCUUGGUAUCCGGUUCAUCAUCCAGCUCCAAGUAUGACCCUGAGAUCCUGAAAGCGGAAAUCACCACAGCAAAAUCCCGGGUCAACAAGCUGAAGAGGGAGAUGGUUCACCUCCAGCAGGAGCUGCAGUUCAAAGAGCAUGGCUUUCAGACCCUGAAGAAAAUUGAUAAGAAAAUGUCGAAUGCUCAGGGCAGCUACAAACUGGAUGAAGCCCAGGCUGUCUUGAGAGAAACGAAAGCCAUCAAGAAGGCCAUCACCUGUGGCGAGAAGGAAAAGCAAGAUCUCAUUAAGAGCCUUGCAAUGCUGAAGGAUGGCUUCCGGACCGACAGAGGGUCCCACUCCGACCUGUGGUCCAGCAGCAGCUCUCUGGAGAGUUCGGGUUUCCUGCUGCCGAAACAGUUCCUGGAUGUGAGCUCCCAGACAGACAUCUCGGGAAGUUUCGGCAUCAGCAGCAACAAUCAGUUGGCAGAGAAGGUCAGAUUGCGCCUUCGAUACGAAGAGGCUAAGAGGAGGAUCGCCAACCUGAAGAUCCAGCUGGCCAAGCUGGACAGUGAGGCCUGGCCCGGAGUGCUGGACUCGGAGAGGGACCGGCUGAUCCUCAUCAAUGAGAAGGAGGAGCUGCUGAAGGAGAUGCGCUUCAUCAGCCCCCGGAAGUGGACCCAAGGGGAGGUGGAGCAGCUGGAGAUGGCCCGGAAGCGGCUGGAGAAGGACUUGCAGGCAGCCCGGGACACCCAGAGCAAGGCACUGACGGAGAGGUUAAAGUUAAACAGUAAGAGGAACCAGCUGGUGAGAGAACUGGAGGAAGCCACCCGGCAGGUGGCAGCUCUGCAUUCCCAGCUGAAGAGCCUCUCGAGCAGCAUGCAGUCCCUGUCCUCGGGCAGCAGCCCUGGGUCCCUCACGUCCAGCCGGGGCUCCCUGGCCGCCUCCAGCCUGGACUCCUCCACCUCCGCCAGCUUCACCGACCUCUACUAUGACCCCUUCGAGCCACUAGACUCGGAACUGCAGAGCAAGGUGGAGUUCCUGCUGCAGGAUGGGGCCACGGGCUUCCGGCCCUCGGGGUGCAUCACCACCAUUCACGAGGACGAGGUGGCCAAGACCCAGAAGGCGGAGGGGGGCGGCCGCCUGCAGCCCCUGCGCUCCCUGUCCGGCACCCCGAAGUCCAUGACCUCGCUGUCUCCCCGCUCCUCCUUGUCCUCCCUCUCCCCGCCCUGCUCCCCUCUCAUCGAUGACCCCCUCCUGGCUGGAGACGCCUUCCUGAGCCCCCUGGAGUUCGAAGAUCUGGAGCUGAGCGCCGCUCUUUGCGAGUUGAGCCUUGGCAGCAGCACCCAGGAGAGGUACCGGCUGGAGGAGCCAGGAACGGAGAGCAAGCAGCUGGGCCAAGCUGUGAGCGCGACCCAGGGGUGUGGCCUGAAGGCGACCUGUGUCUCGGCUGCAGUGUCGGAUGAAUCCGUGGCUGGGGACAGUGGUGUAUAUGAGGCUUCUGUGCAGAGACUCGGGGCUUCGGAAGUCCCUGCUUUGGACGGUGACGAAUCAGAAGCAGUGGGAGCAACCCGGGUUCAGAUUGCCUUGAAGUAUGACGAGAAGAAUAAGCAAUUUGCAAUAUUAAUCAUCCAGCUGAGCAACCUCUCUGCCCUGUUGCUGCAACAAGACCAGAAAGUGAACAUCCGGGUGGCCGUCCUCCCCUGCUGCGAAAGCACCACCUGCCUGUUUCGGACACGGCCCCUGGACGCCUCGGACACCGUCACGUUCAACGAGGUGUUCUGGGUGUCCAUGUCCUACCCAGCCCUUCACCAGAAGACCUUACGAGUCGACGUCUGUACCACCAACCAGAGCCAUCUGGAGGAUUGCCUGGGAGGCGCCCAGAUCAGCCUGGCUGAGGUCUGCCGGUCUGGGGAGAGGUCGACUCGCUGGUACAACCUCCUGAGCUACAAAUACUUGAAGAAACAGAGCAGGGAGCCCAAGCCAGCGGGAGCCAAGGCCCCCACCCCAGGGCCUGAAAGCAUGGACGCCGUGUCUGCUCUGUUGGAGCAGACAGCCGUGGAGCUGGAGAAGAGGCAGGAGGGAAGGAGCAGCACCCAGACCCCAGGCGACAGCUGGAGGUUCGAGGAGGAGACCAGCGACAAUGAGGCUGCUGCAGAGGAGGAAGAGGAGGGAGAGGAGGACGUUUUUGCUGAGAAAUCCUCACCGGAUAUGGAGGAGUGCCCAGCAUUAAAGGUGGACAAAGAGACCAACACAGAGACGCCCGCCCCAUCCCCCACGGUGGUGCGGCCCAAGGACCGGCGGGUGGGCACACCAUCCCCGGCACCAUUUCUGCGAGGAAGCACCAUCAUCCGCUCCAAGACCUUCUCCCCCGGACCCCAGAGCCAGUACGUGUGCCGGCUGAAUCGGAGUGACAGUGACAGCUCCACACUGUCCAAGAAGCCGCCUUUUGUUCGAAACUCCCUGGAGCGCCGCAGCGUCCGGGUGAAGCGGCCUUCAUCCUUCAAAUGCCCGCGCAACGAGCGCCUGAUACGCACCUCGCUGGACCUUGAGUUAGACCUGCAGGCCACCAGGACCUGGCACAGCCAGCUGACUCAGGAGAUUUCGGUGCUGAAGGAGCUCAAGCAGCAGCUCGAGCAAGCCAAGAGCCACGGGGAAAAGGAGCUGCCGCAGCCACUGCGGGAGGACGAGCGCUUCCGCCUGCUGUUGAGGAUGCUGGAGAAGCAGGUGGACCGAGCAGAGCGCCAGGGGGAGCUGCAGACAGACAAGAUGAUGAGGGCGGCCGCCAAGGACGUGCACAGGCUUCGAGGCCAGAGCUGUAAGGAGCCCCCAGAAGUGCAGUCGUUCAGGGAGAAGAUGGCGUUUUUCACCCGGCCUCGGCUGAACAUCCCCACCCUCUCUGCGGACGACGUCUAAUCACCAGAAAAGUAUUUCCUUGGUUUCACUGACCACGCUGUGAACACAGACUGUGGCUAAAGUUAUUUAUGUGGUGUUAUAUGAAGGUAUCAAGUCACAAGUCCUCUAGCGCUCCUGUAGGUUUGAAGAUAAAGAUUUUUUUAGUGUGGAUUCUAUUAUUAUUCAGAGGAAAAAAAUACAAAAACAAAACCAGCAUUAAAAUGUCAAGAUUGUAUAGUUUGUAUAUUUAAGAAUGUAUUUUUGAGAAAGAAAAUUUAAAUGAACUACAGCAGCGUUCGGUUGCUGCUCUUCUUAAAAUUGUUUAGAUUUUUUUUUUUUUUGUACAGCUCUAUCUUCUAGAGGUUUCACUGCAAUAAGUAAGUAAUAUUUGGGGGACGACAAUCCUAGAAGGAUGUCCUGCUGAUAAUCACAGCACAGCUGACCUUUGCUACUUAACAUAUUUUGUACAAUAUUUUAAAAAUGCACAGUAACUGUCCGAGGGACCCUGGGGUGUGUCUGGGAAUCUUCAUCAGCUGCAAUGUGUUUUUAUGUGGCCGCCUCAGGUGGAGUGGGCAGCGGGGAGCUGGCCACAGACUUGCCCACGCCAGUCUCAGAUGCCCAGUGAAGCCACUGAAGUGAGUGAGGGAGGGCUGUGGAGAACUUCUUGUUUCAUCUCCAUCAAUAAAGUGGCCUUUCUGAAUGAAUUUCCUCUCUCUCUUUUACCCCCCACGCCCACCCCUCAUCUGUGUUUCCCUGAUGUUCGGGUCCUCCCUGCCCAGCCAUUUCCUUCCUCUCCACCCCCAGCCAGUCCAGAUGGUAUUUUUUUAGUUUGGUUUGGUUUUUUGCCCACCCCUCCACUCAGUGGCUCGUCACAUAAAAAUGACUAGUCUGCUGGGGCUGUUGCAGAGGAUUGGAAGUUAGCCUUUAACAAACAGGCAGCCAAAUCUUUGUCUCCUUCCUUCCUCGGACACCAUCCUGUGCAGCUUUCCUCGGGUACAGUGCAGCACCAGCCACAUCUGAAUCACUUGGGCCAGCUUGUUAGAAAUACACACUCUAGGGCCCUCGGCCGACCGGAUGGACCUGCUUUUAUCCAUGUGCCCACUGUUAGUCCUUCG